CUAGAAUAAAGCCCAAUUCAUUGAAGCUGCAGAUUUCAUGACGUCUCCUGACGUGUUUUUUCAGCACUUUACCCUCUGUGCCUGCGCUUGGCAUCCACUCUGGACCUUUGUAGGUGCCCACUGAAGCUUGGGCAGCUGCCUUUUCCCUCCACUUGCAGGAGGCUCAUCUAGUGGUUGCAUUUUUGGAAGGUUGGUUUGGGGUGGGGGGUUGGUGGUGGGAGCAAUGACCAUAUAUCAGGAUGGAGGACCUCUGAGGGAAGCUGUGGAGUGAUCCUAUCUUCUGCAUCUGAAGAAACCUUCAUUGUCUCAAGCAACUGAGCAACAACCAGAAGCAACAUGAGGCUUUGAGACCCCCACAUCCAGACAAGAAAACCAGAUUAGAUUAUGAACUCCGGGGCUCGGGAAUCGAUGCUGACCUUUCAAGAUGGAAACAAGCCCUAAACAUCUGUCGAAACCAUUUAUCAAGUGAUCCUAGGGAUGUGUUACCAGCUUCCAAGCCUCAAAUAAGUCCUGAUGGAGGAAGACGUGGAGAGUUCCAUCUCGAAACGACAACCAAAGCUUCCAAAACAAGUCAGGGAGGAGAUCACCAAGCAAAAGUGCACAAAACGGAAGAUCCAGAGAUAUGUACGCAAGGAUGGAAAGUGCAAUGUUCACCAUGGGAAUGUCCGAGAGACCUAUCGAUACCUUAGUGAUAUCUUCACCACUUUGGUGGAUCUCAAAUGGAGGUUCAACUUGUUUAUAUUUGUCUUAGUUUACACAGUAACAUGGUUGUUUUUUGGGAUGAUAUGGUGGCUUAUAGCAUACAUUCGAGGAGAUCUGGAUCAUUUACAAGACAAAGAUUGGAGUCCAUGCGUGGAUAAUCUUAAUGGGUUUGUUUCAGCUUUUUUAUUCUCGAUAGAGACAGAGACAACGAUCGGCUAUGGACAUAGGGUUAUUACGGACAAGUGUCCAGAAGGGAUCAUACUUCUACUAGUACAGUCCGUUUUAGGUUCAAUUGUCAAUGCUUUUAUGGUUGGCUGCAUGUUUGUUAAAAUAUCCCAACCCAAAAAGAGGGCUGAGACUUUGGUCUUUUCAACCAAUGCCGUCAUCUCCAUGAGAGAUGGAAAACUGUGUCUGAUGUUCCGGGUGGGGGAUCUCAGGAACUCACACAUUGUGGAGGCAUCAAUUAGAGCGAAAUUGAUCAAAUCCAAACAGACGAAGGAGGGGGAGUUCAUACCACUCAACCAGACGGACAUCAACGUUGGGUAUGACACCGGAGAUGAUCGACUCUUUUUGGUUUCUCCUCUGAUUAUAAGCCAUGAAAUCAAUCAGCACAGCCCAUUCUGGGAUAUUUCAAAAGCUCAGUUACCAAAAGAAGAUCUUGAGAUCGUGGUCAUCUUGGAAGGAAUGGUUGAAGCUACAGGUAUGACCUGCCAAGCUCGAAGCUCUUACGUCACAUCGGAAAUCCUGUGGGGCCAUCGAUUCAUGCCCGUCCUUACCCUAGAAGAUGGGUUUUACGAAGUGGACUACAACAGCUUUCACGACACCUAUGAGACCAACACGCCGUCCUGCAGCGCUAAAGACAUGGCUGAGAUUAUGAGUAGGGCAGAAAUGCCACUGAGCUGGUCGGUAUCCAGCAAACUCAACCAAAAUCCGGAACUGGUCAGUGAAAUCGGAGAGAAGAAUCCUGAGGAUCAAACAGAGAGGAACGGAGACGUGGCCAACAUAGAAAAUGAGUCAAAGGUUUAAAGCCAUUGCAUAUGUGAUCUCUGGUAUUUAAGGUCUACACACUGCUGGUGUGAACCACACACGUAGAUGAGAGCUUGGUUACCCCAACCAUUGAUGGGUCCAGUUAUUGGAAAUUGCUAAAUAUAAUGCACAGGCUCUAAUCUUUGGGGCUCGGCAACGACCACCCACUUUUAGCAGUGAUGCCAGAUAUUGCUGGCACUUGACUUCCUCGGGAUUAUAAGGGAUCUUAAAUCCCUUGUAAAACAAAAACAUCAGUUUACGGCCAGGAAAAAAGAAUCUAUAGGUACACUGUACAUAUGCCUUACAUAAUAUUACAAAUUGUUAAUAAACCCAGCAUGUACAAAGGAAUGACUUCAUGUACAUAGAUGUGUAAUUAAUGUAGGCUCCGAAUUCUAGGAAUAAGAUGAUGCAAAAAAAAAAAAUCUUCCUUCUAAUUUUUAAUAUUUAUUUUCCUCAUGUAUAUCAGAUAUAUUAUAGAUAACGUCCAUGUAUUCUUCACUUUACCAGACUGGCAGCUAUAUCAAGUACCUGAGUAGAUCUUCACCUACAAAAACACUUAAAGCCAUAGACCAGAUGACAUAAAAGGGAUAACACUUGGGUGCCAAACAAAUCUGUGACGCAGAUUUUAUAAUGGUUUACAACCAAUAAUGUCCAACGUAGGGAUCUCACAGAUUGAUGGGUCCCAUGUUCUGGAACCGCAAAAGAGAUAAUGUCCUAGUGGGAAUUUAGCAAAAACAUAAAGUAUCCAAAAAAAAUGCAGCUUGGCCCAUAUAGACUGUCCUCUCUUUGUGUUGAAAAAAAUAAUCAAUUAUCCAUUUCUUUGGUUUCAUAUGAAGAAAAGAGGGAAUAUUUUUUUACGUAGGGUAGGAUCAAGGAUGUCAGGUUGAAGAUUGAAAUUUUAGUCAAGAUGACAGCUUUCAUGAUGAGCAUGAUAGGGCAUUACAUUGAUCCGAUGACAUGACUUCAACAUCUUGAUCCCACUGCAAAAUCUUUAACAAAAGGCUCCCACACCAUUUGUAAUACUGGCAUCUUAUGUGUCAGAGGGUCCUCCUCAAGUACUGUGCUUCGGGUGACAGGACAAGAUGAUAAUUUAAGUUUUAGGCUGAAGAUGAACAGAUUGGGAAACAUUGGUCUAAACUAUAAAAACAAGACCACUCCAAAUAGUUCCACUUUUCCUUACUUUGACUCAGUCUGAAAUAAUGAUGUACCGUAAAAGGAUUCUAGAAUCUCAGAGAGGUGUCUGACUCAGACACGACCUUUUACUCUAUAAAGUUAUUUUAUAUUAUUUGGCAUGAUUUCUUAAGACGUUUCUAUCAUAUUACACAAUCGGAAUACGCUCCGGGGUUAAUUGAAUUGUUGAUAAUUAAUUAGGACCAACAUUAGACAGAAGCUGAAUCAAUCUCGCUCGGGGCGUUUUAUGGGUUACUUCAGGUUUGGAAUGACUGUUCAAUAGGGAAAACACCAUGUAGAAAUAUAAGAAGAACAUUUAUUAAGAGGACAUCUAUUGAGAGAACAAUAAACGUGGAUUUUACAUGGGUUUUUCAUUGAUGGCCUAUCCAUGUUUCAUCAGUGGGGACCCUAUCACCAGAACAAGGGCACAUGGUACAUAAUGCCACCCUUCACAGCAACUCCUAACAUUGGGGUUCAUAUAACUGCUGCCAUGUCGGGUAAUGGAGCUUGGCCUGUUUCUCUGAAUAGGUUGAGCUGUAGUACUAGACAUAUAGCAUAUUUCUGCUGUACAGGUACUGCAGUGCUGUGAGGUCAAUACCUCUUUGUUCUGUUUAUCGAUGAAUCUCCUUCCCAUUUCAUGUUCUUCACCUAUCCCAAAGACUAGGAUGUUAAAAAAUGUCUGCCACUCCUGUCAGGUUGUGUCUGGUAUCGCAGUUCAACCUUUUAAAGUAGAGCUGCACUACAGUAUCAGACACAACCCUUGGACAGUCUAAGAGGAGUCAGAUGGACCAUUUCCACUUUUAGGGGUUAAAGGUAGUUCCUGGUCAUUAUAGAUGAUAAAAGGGGUUAAAGGGGUACUCCACCCCUAGACAUCUUAUCCCCUAUCUAAAGAAUAGGGGAUAAGAUGUCUGAUUGUGAUCUUCCUGCUGCACCCAGCGUUUGUUUAGAGCACCCGGUGCAGUGCCAGAGACUGGUCAUGUCACGGCCGCGCCCCGCUUGUGAUGUCACGGCCACACACCCUAAAAGCAGGUCUAUGGGAGGGGGUGUGGCCGUGAUGUCACGAGCCUCCGCCCCGCAUUGCCAGUCAUCCGGCACGGAACUAAGUUCGCUCUUUGCAGCGGCGGGACCCCCGCGAUCAGACAUCUUAUCCUCUAUCCUUUGGAUAGGGGAUAAGAUGUCUAGGGGCAGAGUACCCCUUUAAGGUGAAGUGAUGUGAAGUGAGAUGAAGUGUCGGCACAUGGGUCACAGCGCAGGCACGUCAGUGAUGACGGCUCGAACCAUCAGGCGAUUGGUCACCAAUUCAAGAAGUUGACAGGAAAGAGAUGUGUCAAUCAAAUAGAUGCAAACUCUGAUUGGAAUGAUGUGAAUCAUCCAAUCGCUUUAGCACACUUCCUGUGCAGUGAUGUCAGAAGGGGAGGUGAUAUAAACCCCCGUCACGGCGUUUUGAACUCAGUGCCCUGUUACCUCUUGACAAAGCUGUAUCUACAGCGAAACAUGUCGAGGGGGGCCGAGGUUUAGUUUUUUAACAUCAGUGCAUAGCUCCUUUACCUUCAACCACAUAGCAACUGCAGUGCAUGUGGAUACAUAACAAAUGUGACCAGUAUGGUACAAAGACCCUAAUACAGAAUAUAGGGAGUUCGUGCACUGGAAUUUUAAUCACAAUUGGUGUGCCUAGUAUUAAAGUGCAUUUUAAUUUCAAUAUAUGGGAAAAAGGGUUUUGUUGGACCACCAAGGUGGUCUAUAGGUGAUUAGUGUAUAUUGACCCACCAUAUAUUGGUCCUUUAGGUGAACCCCUUUAAGGUGCCCACACAUAUCAGCAAAGUUGUCCAAACCCACCAGUUUUGUUUGGACUGUCAAAGUAUCUUAUGUGUAUGGGGGGUGGGAAGGGCAGCUCUCCCCUGACAAAUGACUUUGGGACUGGUAAAGGAUGGGGGGGGGGGGGCAUGUUGAAUUUCAACACCAAAUCCUUUUGUUCUUAAGGGGGAUAAGCUUUCACCAGUGGUAGCAGUUUUACUGCUAGCCAACAGCUAUUGAAAGUGCAUGGCCACUUUUAGAGAGUUUGAGGGUGUGGGAGAAAGAAAGAAGAUAAUGGAGAAACCAAGUAAGAGAGAAAAAGAUAUGAGGUAUGGAAAAAAAACUUCUCAGUUAUAGCAGGUUACAUUAAAUAGUGGUCAUAACAGGUUGUAAGACAGGUGUUAAAUUGACCCUAUAUCUAUUCAUUGGUUAAACAAAAAAACAAAUAGAUAUAAGGAUGACCAGAGGUAGAAUGGACAGAAUAACAGUUUAAUAAUUCAGGGUAUGAGGUGAGGAAUAGAAAGCCAUAAUCUGAUAUAUCUGCAGGCUACGGGGCUACAAGUCCUUGCUUUUAGGCCCCAUUAAGUACAUGUUUACAUUACAGGAAAAUCUCUUAUCAAAGCACAUACUUUACCUGCAUACCCAUCCGGUAUCACUGAAUUUUAUAUAUAUAUAUAUAUAUAUAUAUAUAUAUCAGCAUCAGUAUAUCUCAAGGAACAGGAUGAUCAAGUCUUAUCAAUAAGACCCUACACUGGUCUUUGUCUGAGGUGGUGCCCAUAGCACACCAUCAGAUUUCACUAUUGUACCUGUCAUAGAAACCAGUAUAAGACUUACCCAAGACCAGAUACCCAUGGCUGAUCUUGAGGUAGUAGUUUUGCUCAUGUGUAGGGUUUGAUUAUCAGGCAUCCAUCAGGUGGGGUUCUACUAAGCCAGUGUAAAGAUUUUGCAAGCCUAAUGUUAGUAGGGGCUGCCAUUUUGAGGGUCAUCAUUGUUGCAUUUCAUAAAUGUCAAUCCAAACUAACCAACUCUAUUGGUUUCGUGACCUAGUUUAAGUUGAACAGGCUUAUGGGCAAAGAAAUACAGAACAUGAUUUAGAAAGAUUUUUGUUAUAUAUUGAUGGAGCCACAAAAUAAUAAAAUAAUGAAUUAAAAUAUACCCACCUACCUCGCUCCCUCAGGUUUCCCCUGUAACGUCUUCCGGUCCCCCGCUAAACACACUGGUUUGUUCUUCCAAGAUGGACUUGAAUGUCUCUGCAGUUAAGGCCCAUUCCAUAUGCCUCUAUGUCCAUAUACCCUUUUGCAUAAAGAUUUCAACUAAGAACCCCUCUGGUUCUGUUGCUCUGCCCCUCUCAUGAUCCCCCAUUUAUCCUAAUGGCCAAUAAAUAAUAUUACAAUGUAUAGUUGGGCAAUACCAUCUCUGAAGGGACCUCCAGGACAUGGACUCUUACAGACCAGAUGGUUACGGGGGUGACUGUUUUUCCUUUUAGUAAAUUAGUAUUCUGCUCUGUGCUUUUAUGUUAAUUUCCAUUAACCACUUCUUAGAAACAAUUUACUGCUAAAUUCUUGUGAGAUCAUUACUGCACAGUAGCAUUGACUACUUCAUUAAACACGUUCCAACCAGGCUAGCAGAACUGUCUCUCACCAUUCCAGUCCAUCCAAUAUGGAUGACAUCCCUUUGGACAUACAACUGGCAGUUCUGCUGCCUAAGCUAUUCUGCCAAGAAACUCUGUGCCUUUUGCGUGUACUUUAUGCUACAAAAUGCUAUAGAAUAUAUUUUCCUAUUAAAACUAGGGGUCCGAUACUGGGCAUCCCCGUUGUUCAUCAGAUUAAAGGGGUCAUGUCCCCUUUAUUAUUUACAACAUUACAUUUUUCCCUAUGCUAUAUCAAUGAAGUAACUGUUGGUGGGCUGUGAGGACUGGGUUGGGGACCCCUGGUUUACAGGACACAAUUUCGCACAUCUGGUACUGAUAGUGUCUCCUUUAUUGUUUACCAGGUACAGCUCUGUAUAUUUAGUAGUAGUGGCUGUUCCUGAUACUGGAAUGGGACUGAGCCCCCAACCCAGUCCUCAAGGCCCACCAGCAUUCCGCGUUUUUUCACUUACUCCAUUGGGUUGGGGACCUCGUUUUUUUCCGCUUAUUCCAUUGGGUUGGGGACCUCUGCUGUAAAUAAUAAAGGGGACAUGGCCCCUUUAAUCAGGUAAACAGCAUGGGUGCCCAGAGUCGUCCACACAGUGUUAAUAUGAUAUUUAUUAUAUUAUCUUAAAGGGUUACUCCGGUGAAAAACAUCUUAUCCCCUAACAUGUCUGAUCGUGGGGGUCCCGCCACUUGGGACCCUCCGCGAUCUCCGGCGCGGCACCCCGGUCAUCCCUGCACAGUGCAAUCUCCGCUCCGUGACGGAUGACUAGCGACUACAACCGCCAAGCCCCGUCCAUUCAUGUCUAUGGGAGGAGAGGUGAUGGCUACGUACUAGCCGUCACGCCCCCUCCCAUAAACAUGAAUGGAGGGGGCGUGGUGUGACGUCACAAACACAGAAGCUCAAAGCUUCUGUGUUCUGGAUACUGCCGCUGCCGGCCCUCUAGAUCCUUUGGAUAGAGGAUAAGGUGUUUUUCGCCAGAGUAUCCCUUUAAAUGUAUCUGUAUAUAUCUUAUAUUUAUUAUAUUAUGUAUUUGUUUGGGUGAUGAGGGCGGAAACAAAGAUAGAUAUUAACAUUUAAAGAUAGUACACAUAGUAA